AUGGCCGAUAAACGCGAUAGGCUUCAGAAGAUUAUGACCCAACCGAUUAACCAAAUAUUUAGGUUAUUCACCAGCGGCGUAAGGGUUCAAAUUUGGUUAUUCGAUGAACCAAACAUCAAAAUAGAAGGGAGGAUUAAAGGUUUCGAUGAAUAUAUGAAUAUGGUUUUGGAUGAUGCAGAGUCUGUUAAUCAGAAACAUAAGACUCGGAAGUCAUUGGGUAAAAUUCUGCUUAAAGGAGAUUGUAUGACUCUUAUAGCUGCAGUUCAAUAG